AUGGUUGUUAGUGAGAAGAAGUCGUACGCUUCCAACGUCAGCAACCAGCUUGCUUCCACCUCCUUCUUUCUUGCGGGGCUCCCAGGGCUGGAGAACGAGCAGGUCUGGAUCUCCAUCCCCUUCGGCAUCAUCUACCUCCUGGCUCUCUUGGGCAACGCCACCCUGCUGUGGGUCGUCUGGACCGAAUCCAGCCUGCACAAGCCCGUGUACUUCUUCCUUUCCAUGCUGGCUUUAACAGACAUGGCCGUGCCCACUUGCAUCCUCCCCAAGAUGCUCAGCAUCUUCUGGAUGGGUGUCCAAGAAAUCACCUUUGCCGCCUGCCUGGUGCAGAUGUUCAUGGUCCACGCACUUUGUGCGGUCGAGUCCGGGACGCUCGAGUCCGGGACGCUCACUGCCAUGGCUUACGACCGAUACGUGGCCAUCUGCUCCCCCCUCAGCUACACUUCGUUGCUAACCACAACUACUGUGGCCAAGCUGGGGGUUGUCAUUGUGGCCCGAGCUGUGGUAAGCAUCCUUCCUGUCCCUUUUCUUGCAAGCCGGUUACCAUAUUGUCAUUCUCACCUCAUCUCCCACUCCUACUGUGAACACAUGGCUGUGGUGAAAUUGGCAUGUGGGGAUACCACACCUAACAAACGCUAUGGGCUGGCUUUGACCAUUGUCAUCGUUGGGUUUGACUUGGGCUUCAUCUUCAUCUCCUACGGGCUGAUCCUGCACGCUGUAUUCCGCUUGCCCUCCGUGGAAGCCCGGCACAAAGCUCUGGGCACCUGUGGGGCCCACGUGAUGGUUAUCCUCUACACACCUGCCUUGUUCUCUGCCCUCACCCAUCGCUUUGGCCACAACGUCCCCCACCGUGUUCACAUCUUCCUUGCCAACAUCUAUCUGGUGGCCCCAGCCAUGCUCAACCCCAUUGUCUAUGGUGCCAAAACCAAGGAGAUCCAUAAUCAAGUGCUGAGGGCCUUGUGCCCAAGGAAGAAUACUUCCUAG